AUGUCCCGGCCAUCGAGUCCUGUCCCAAUGGAGAAGUCGACAACAAUAGACGAAGAAGCUGCGGCGCCACCACAGCAGCCGGAACGACCACCGCAAUACUCCGUCUACACGACAUGGGAGAAGCGAGCCAUUGUUUUAGGAGCCUGCCUGGCUGGCUUCUUCUCGCCGUUCACCGCCCAGAUCUACCUCCCGGCCCUGACGGUCCUGGCCCAUGAGUUCAAUGUUUCGGACUCCGAUAUCAACCUUACCCUUACGACGUACAUGAUUUUCCAGGGCAUCGUCCCCAUGUUCAUUGGCUCUUUGGCCGACAACAGCGGCCGUAGACCAGCAUACGUCAUCUGCUUCGUUGUCUACAUUGCAGCAAACAUCGGUCUGGCCUUGUCUCAGAACUACGCCUCUCUGCUCGUCGUCCGCUGCAUACAAUCGGCAGGCUCCAGCAGCACCGUCGCGCUGGCCUCGGCAGUUGUAGCAGAUGUCGUUACCUCUGCGGAAAGGGGGCAGUACGUUGGAAUCACAGUCCUUCCAAUCGUUUUGGCUCCUGCUUUAGGUCCGGUCCUUGGUGGCGUCCUUACUCAGUAUCUCGGCUGGAGGUCCAUCUUCUGGUUCCUUGCCAUCCUCGCCGGCGUGUACUUCGUUUUCCAGUUGCUAUUCUUCCCGGAAACGUGCCGGAUGAUCGUCAACGACGGAUCCGUUCGCCCUCCCUGGCUCUAUCGAACCGGUUACCAGUUGCUGAAAGACUACUUCCGGGCCAGGAGAGAGACCGGGGCUCCAGUCACGAGGUCCACGACGGGAGCUUCCAACACUUCCAGGCCUGCACUGAAGUUCAAACUGAACCCAUUCGGCUCGCUUCUUCUGCUCUUCGAGCGGGAGCUUGGCCUGCUUCUCUGCUUCAGCGCCAUCGUCUUUGCCGGGUUCUACGCGAUUGCCGCCUCCAUGCCGACCCAGUUCCAGGAGAUAUACGGCUUCGACAGUCUGAAAGUCGGCCUCAUGUACCUACCCAUGGCCGGUGGCUCGGUCGCCGCCGCCUUUAUUGUAGGACCUCUGACCAACUGGAACUACCGUAGGCACUGCAAGCGGCUGGGCAUUCCUCUUGACAAGUCUCGUCAGCAAGACCUGUCUGACUUUCCCAUCGAGAAAGCCCGCCUUGAAGUUGGUCUGCCGCUGCUGUUCAUGAGCUCAAUCCUUCUUCUGAUCUGGGGCUGGGCUCUACACCUCCGGGCCCAUGUGGCUGUCCCAUGCGUGCUCCUCUUCCUCUUUGGAGUUGGCAUGAUCGGCUUCAACAACACUACCAACACCCUCAUCAUCGAUAUCCACCCGGGCAAGGCCGGAACUGCGACGGCGGCGAACAACUUCACCAGGUGCUUGCUGGGUGCGGCCGCGACUGCAGCAAUCAUUCCCAUGAUCAACAAUAUGGGUGUGGGCUGGGCUUUCACCCUGCUGGCUCUAUUAUACAUCGUCUUCAGCCCAGCGUUGUUGGCCGUCAUGUACUGGGGUGUUAAGUGGCGCAAGGCAGCCAAAGCCAAAGAGCUCAAGAAGGACGCAAAUUGA